AUGAACCACACAGAAGUGAAAGCUGGACUAAUUGUCACCGCAAAACAGACGUACUACCCAAUUGAACUGUCCAAUGCAGAACUUUUAACCCAUUACGAAACCAUACAGGAGUACCACCAAGACAUCUCUCAGAAUGUAUUGCUUCAGUCUUCCAAGACAAAACCAGAUAUCAAGUUGAUUGACCAGCAACCUGAGAUGAAUCCUCAUCAAACCAGAGACGCCAUAGUGACCUUCUUGUACCAGCUCUCAGUGAUGACCAGAGUAAGCAACGGUAUCUUCUUCCACGCCGUCAGGUUCUACGACCGUUAUUGCUCUAAGAGAGUGGUCUUGAAGGAUCAAGCCAAACUAGUGGUGGGCACAUGUCUUUGGUUGGCAGCCAAAACCUGGGGUGGAUGCAACCAUAUAAUAAACAACGUUUCCGUCCCCACAGGUGGUAGGUUCUACGGUCCCAAUCCAAGAGCUCGUAUACCUCGUCUUUCUGAAUUGGUUCAUUAUUGCGGCGGGUCCGAAUUAUUCGAUGAAUCAAUGUUCAUUCAAAUGGAGAGACAUAUCUUGGAUACCUUGAGCUGGGAUGUUUACGAACCCAUGAUUAAUGACUACAUCCUAAAUGUCGACGAAAAUUGUUUGAUACAAUAUGAACUCUACAAAAACCAGCUACAGAAUAAUAACAACGGCAGCAACAAAGAAUGGUCUUCUGAAAAAAGACAAUCUCAAUCUUCCGAAGACAGUGAUGCCACAGUGGAAGAACACAUCAGCAGUUCUCCGCAAAGCACUGGAUUGGAUGGCGCUACAACCACCAUGGAUGAAGAUGAAGAGCUGAACUCGAAAAUUAAAUUGAUCAACUUGAAAAGAUUUUUGAUUGAUUUGAUUUCUUGGCAAUACGAUUUGCUCAAGUUCGAGCUGUACGAAAUCAGCAACGGCGUAUUUUCUAUUAUAAAUAAAUUUACUAAUCAAGAUCAGGGCCCAUUUCUCUCUAUGCCCAUGGGUAAUGAGAUAAACUCAAACAGUCAAACGCAGAUCUUUAGUGCUCUCAUCAAUGGCAUAAUCAACUCCCCCCCAUCUCUGGUCGAAGUCUAUAAGGAGCAGUAUGGUAUAAUACCUUUCAUAUUACAGGUAAAGGAUUAUAAUUUAGAGCUGCAGAAGAAACUGCAAUUGGCCUCUACCAUAGAUCUAACGAAAAGAAUUGCCGUUAAUUCCCGUUACUUCGACCAAAACGCUUCUUCAUCAACUGCCUCUUCUCCAGGCACAUACUCAUCCGGCGCCAACUAUACUCCAAUGAGAAACUUCAGCGCACAAUCAGACAACAGUGUAUUCAGUUCCACUAACAUCGACCAUUCAUCACCAAUCACUCCGCAUAUGUACACCUUCAACCAGUUCAAAAACCAAAGUGCUUGCGACAGUACUAUAAGUGUAAACAGCCUGCCUAAUCAGACCCAAAAUGGCCACGGACCAUCAUCAAGUAAUUAUCAAAACAUGAUGGUAGAUGAACGGAAUAAAGAGAACCGAAUUCCCAACCCUUCAUCUGCUGAAAUACCACAACGGGCAAAAUUCAUGACAAGCGGUAUCUUCCAGAACUCAGCUGAACUUACUAAUAGGGCGUCUACGAUAUCGCUAUCAAUAAGAAACCAAAACACUUCCCAACUGUAA